AUGGUAGAUGGUCAAAAAGCGGAAUCUUAUGCUGCGACAAGGAUGCAUGAAGUGGCCACCUCGGGCAUAAGGAUUGGGACCGACGCCGCGGGAAGGAAGCUCAUACAGCCGUUCAUGUUCUGCAAGGCCAACCGCGAAUACAACGACAACCAGAGCGAUGACGAUGACGGUGAAGGCGAAGACGACACCGCCACGAAGAAGAACAAGGCCGCAGGCACCAUCGCGUUGGAGCUGUGCCAGACGCGCCCCGUCCUCUCAGGAUCGACCACAAAGCUGAUGGCCGGGUACGCGUUCACGCCGCGCAGCGUCGUGCCAGAUAAGAAGGAGUCGUUCGGGAUUGAGCGCUCCGUGGGCCUGGGUGCGACCACCACCGGCGACCACUUCCGCUUGGCCAACUACACCGCGGGCGAGUUCAUCGAGAAGCUCGAGGUGCGGUACCGCACGGCCAAGUUCUUCCACAUGCUUCAGUGCCGCAUCGACCCCCAAGAAGUCAAGCGGGCUGAGGGUCCGGUGGCGGUGAUCGAUCUGGUGGAUGACGAUGAAGAUGAGGAGGACACGGAGCGGAGGGCAAAGAAGCGGAUCAAGCUGGAACUAGCGGCCCCCAGCACGCCAGCGCUCGGGAACGACGCCACCGCCGACACCUUUUUGUGCCGCCUUGCUGCGAAGGAGGCGAUGGAGAUGUCUUCGCUCAAGCCGCUGCUGCUGGAGCUCAUCCAGCGGAACCUCACCACGGUAGGCCAGCUGCGCGAGCUCUCGCGCGCCCAGUGGCGCGACGUCAUGCGCGCCUCGGGCCUGCCCGCCUCGCUCUCCAUAUCGGCCGGCCAGAUCGCCUCGCCGCCCGUGUGCCUCGUCCUCGACGACUGA